UUGCAGAGCGCGAACGUGGUUAGUGCUUUCCACAACGCCGAACUUUGAGCAUCGCGGUGCGGCAAUAGAUUUGUUUCCUUUCGUUAGUUAGUUAGUUAGUUCAGUUAGUGCUGGUGCACUUGACGCAAAAGGCGCAAAAAAAAACUGGCCGUCUUGGCAGUGCCCCGGUGCAAAGUGUGGCAGCAGUGCAAAAGGAGCGUGGACCCGCCUGGCCCGCAUCAGUCAGUCAGUGGUGGUGGUGGUGAAUCCAUGCCAUACGAACGCUGCUGGACUCCGCCGAGUGGGCAUGAUUGAAGAGGUGUUAUUUGUUUGUAAACCGACGAAACCGGCGACGACGACGACGAAAACUGUGAAGUGAAGAAGUGGUUCACUUGGAGUUGCUUUUUUCCUGUGUUUUGUUUGUUUGUUUCGGGACGUUCUGGGCAGACGUUUAGAAGGAAAUUGGAACUGAGGUUUCUGCAAGUUUUUCGUUUUUCGCUGUGUUGACACAAAUUAGUGACGGAUCCAAUGGUAGUGAGUUUGUUGCGCGCGGGACUAAGUGAGUGACAGCAGUGAAUGCGCUGUAUGUUUAUUACGACUUUUUAUAGACAUUUUGUAGACAAGGAGUGAUUAAUUUAAAAGAACCUCUGUCAUCAGCGCGUGUGCCGCUGUCGAACUGUCGGUUUUCAUUGGGUCUUUAUUGCUGUUGCUGCUGCUGUUUAGUUUAGCCUGGCCGCGGUCUGGCGAGUUCUGCUGUCAGCAAUUUUUCAAUUUGCGGUUUCCCACCACGAACUCGAUACGAUACGGUACGAUACGAAUCGACAACCGGAGUCAAGUGGACCCACUCGUACUUUUGGACCUUCUGUCGACGCGGCGCGGUGGUGCUGGACGGACGGACCGGGGACAAAGUUGGCGUAAUCUUCGUCAGCACUGCGGUUGACUGUGAUCGAUACUCAACAAACACGAAACAACAAACAUGUUCAAACUAGCAGCCAUUCUACUGCUGUUCAGCCUGGUGGAAGCCAAUCGAUUCCGAGCGGAGUAUCCAGGUCCGUUCUGCGCUGCCCGGCGGUACGACAAAUGCUGUCACAGUCGCCAGGAUGGCUGUUCGCAGCCGAUUUCCACUACGCUCUGCUAUUGUGACGAGUUCUGCGAACGUGGAGAACACGGCGAUUGCUGUCCCGAUUACGAAGAAGUCUGUCUAGGGAUGCCUCCGGAACCGAUCUACGAUUCUUGUAGGCACAAAGGUCACUCAUUCACACCAUUCGAUCCUCCGGUUAUGGAUAAUUGUAACACUUGUAAGUGUGAAAACGAUGGCACGGUAAGCUGCACCGAGGAUGUAUGCUUAGUGGAUGACGAGCUGCUGCGACAGCUCGACCAUUUGGGACGAUCGAUCGGUUGGCAGGCGUCCAACUACAGCGAAUGGUGGGGACACAAGUACGACGAGGGUAAAACCUUCCGACUGGGUACGUUCUAUCCGAAGUUCAAGGUGAAGUCGAUGAGCCGGCUGAGCAACGGAGACGACCAUGUGCCGUUGCACUUCGAUGCGACCACCUAUUGGCCCGGUUUCAUUGGGGAUGUUCGCGAUCAGGGUUGGUGUGGCUCUUCAUGGGCCGUGUCGACGGCAGCGGUGGCCUCGGAUCGAUUCGCCAUUCUAUCCAAGGGACGUGAGAUGGUGCAGCUUGCUCCGCAACAGAUCGUUUCGUGCGUGCGACGCACGCAGGGUUGCAGCGGAGGACAUCUGGACACGGCUUGGAACUAUCUAAGACGUGUUGGAACGGUGAACGAAGAAUGCUACCCGUACAUAUCGGCGCAGAAUGCGUGCAAGAUCCGCCCAUCGGAUACGCUGAUCAGCGCCAACUGCGAACUGCCGCUGAAGGUGGACCGAACCAACAUGUACAAGAUGGGACCGGCGUUCAGUCUGAACAACGAAACCGACAUCAAGAUCGAGAUCAAAAAGCACGGCCCGGUGCAAGCUAUCAUGCGCGUCCAUCGGGACUUUUUCUCCUACAAAAGUGGAAUCUACCGCCAUUCGGCUGCGUCGACCGCAGCCGAUCAGCGUGCCGGCUACCACUCAGUUCGGCUAAUCGGUUGGGGAGAGGAACGCACCGGUUACGAUACCGUCAAGUAUUGGAUUGCCGUCAACUCGUGGGGUACGUGGUGGGGUGAAAAUGGCCGUUUCCGCAUUUUGCGCGGCACGAACGAGUGCGAAAUCGAAAGCUACGUCCUGGCCUCGCUGCCGUACGUUCACCAGCAGGUGAAACCGAUGCGACAGGUCGGUGAACUGCAGGAGAUGAUCGUCGGCACCGGGUACGUUCCGCAUCCGAGCAGGAGAUAUCCUCCGUACGGCCGUCGGUUUGGUUGAGCCCGUCCCAAAAAACCGUCGCGGCGGCGGGGUCCGAUAGAGAAUGGUUGAGAACUGUACAGUAUUAAAUUUAGGGGGAAAAGCAAGCUCGGACCGACCGACGAACGGACGGGGACCGGACGGUGUCGGCGCUGUGGCUAGGAUCUGUGGAUUUGUAUUUACUCAGUUGGUUGGACGGCCGUUUAACCGACAAUGUCACUAAGAAUAAGAUGUUUCGAUAGUCUACUGCCCAGGUCGUUCUACAAACGAUAUGUAUGUUUAUUAUUUCGGUUUAGAAAACCCGUGAAACCCGUGUCUUCGAGAGCACUAGUCGACAACUCGAGCAAGUAAGUGUAUUCAGUUUAAAGUGUUCAUCUUCUCAAAAUUGUUUCUAUGAUAAGCGUCUUUCCUUCUUUCAAGAGAGAUAGAGAGUAUAUGAGUAGUGCAGUUUAUUUACGAUUAGGUUAAGCAAGAGAAAUGAAAGUAACCUGUAAAAAUUCGAUGGUGCCAAAUUUAGCAGAACGAUAUCGAGACGAUUGCACACAAUUGCAAGUCAAUACGAAUAACUCGGUUAGAACUAGAAACUAAAUUCCAUGAUAUGAGAGCAAAUCGAGAAAAAAAAUUUCUUGGUUUGCCUUCUUUUUGUUUUACUGAUUAUGAUAUUAAAAUUAUCGCAAAAAAAAUUGAUAAUUAUUAUUUGCAUGUAAAUCUUGAAGGUUAUAAUGUAA